AAAACAAAAUUAUGGCUACCAACGGGGAUAGCAGGCCCACGGCAUUCCUCUCACCUUGCUUACACUGGUGCUGUGCCCCAAACCUGGGGGCCAGGCUAUGCUAUGGAGUCAAUCAAUAACCAAGGAGAUCUGUGACAAAGGGCAGGAGGUGGAGACUGGGAUACCAUCCUGCCUGUAUGAAACUUCCAGCCCCAGGAUUCUAGAGAGAAGUGGUAAGUUGAGUUCAGUUUUUGACUGAGCUCUGGAGCCAGCACUCCAGCCAUGAAGGUAGCCAGCAUCUUUCUUCUCACUGCCUUGGUCCUGUUGAGUUUAUCUGGUAGUACUAGAGCUAACUUCCUGGAAAGAGAGGCUAAAUGUACAAAUGAAGUGAGUGGAUGUCCCAAGAUUUAUAACCCUGUCUGUGGGACAGAUGGAGUUACUUAUUCUAAUGAAUGCAUGUUAUGUAUUGAAAAUAAGAAACACCGGAUUCCUGUCCUCAUUCAAAAGUCUGGGCCUUGCUGAAAACCAAGUUCUGAAAUCCCAUAAGAACACUAUGAUGCGGUGGCUGGCCUGAUUGCUGAAUAAAAUGCAUCUAAACACUU